CAAAGAGGGGAGGAGAGCUGCUUUCAGUUUGGAUUAAAAAAAAAAAAGUGAAACAUUUAGCAGACAACUUAAAAAUAACCUAAGUGAGCAGUGUAAGUGACACAAGAGAAGAUGACUCCUUGGGCAACCACCACCAUUGAGCGAUAUGGUGUAGCCAAGUGGAACUUUACUGGCUGUGGAGAAAAUCAACUUUCUCUGGAAGUUGGAGAUGCUGUCUACAUCCAGGAGACCUGCGAUGGUUGGUACAAAGGCUACUUGGCCAGAAACAAAGCCCAUCAGGGUGUGUUUCCUGCCAGCUUUGUACACCUAAAGGAGGCAAUUGUUGCACAUCGAGGAGAUGAGGAGGUGGUGCUUUCUGCAGAGAUGCCUCUGGUGAAGGAGGUGACCAUGACGCUGAGAGAGUGGGGUAGCAUUUGGAAGCAGCUUUUUGUGGCCAACAAGGAAGCACGUGUAAGGCAGGUACAGAGGCUGAUGUGGGAGCUGAUGGAGUGGCGUUCCCAGCUCCUCUCCGGAACGCUGCCCACUGAUGAAUUCAAGGAACUCAAGCAGAAGGUUAUCUCCAAGAUUGAUUAUGGCAACAAAAUUUUGGAGUUGGAUCAAGUAGUUCGAGAUGACGAUGGGAAUAUUUUGGACCCAGAGCAGGCCAGUGUCAUUAGCCUCUUCCGAGCCCACCAAGAGGCCUCUGCUAAGAUCAAUGAACGCAUUAAAGAAGAGCAGUCCAACAUUCAAACAGAACACAGUGGCAUCUCAGCACGCAUCCAGUCAUCACCCACACACAGCCUCUAUGUCUUUGUCAGGAACUUUGUGUGUCGUGUGGGAGAGGAUUCAGAACUCUUCAUGUCCCUCUACGACCCUAACCAACAUGCAAUCAUCAGUGAGAACUAUCUAAUUCGGUGGGGCAGCAAAGGCUUCCCUAAAGAAAUUGACAUGCUCAACAACCUGAAGGUUGUCUUUACAGAUUUAGGGAAUAAGGACCUGAGCAGGGAGAAGAUUUACCUCAUCUGUCAGAUAGUCCGAAUGGGCAGAAUGGACCUGAAAGAAAGCAACAAAAAGUCUACUCAGGGUCUCAGACGACCUUUUGGAGUGGCAGUAAUGGACAUCAGUGAUCUCAUCAAAGGAAAGGUUGAAUGCGACGAGGAGAAGCAGUUUUUCAUCCCAUUCUUUCCAGUUGUGGCUGAGAACGACUUUCUCCACACCUUUCUGAACAAAGUGACCACGUCCCGGGGAGACAGUGGCGGCCAAGGACUUUGGGUGACCAUGAAGGCCCUGGUUGGUGACAUCGUCCAAAUUCGCAAAGAAUAUCCUCACCUGGUGGACCGCAGCACUGUGGUCGCACGCAAGCUGGGCUUCCCUGAGAUCAUCAUGCCGGGAGAUGUGCGCAAUGACAUCUACCUCACGCUGCAGGGUGGCGACUUCGACAAAUACAACAAGACCACGCAGAAAAACGUGGAGGUCAUCAUGUGCGUGUGUGAUGAGAAGGGCAAGGUCGUACAGAACUCCAUCUGUCUCGGAGCAGGGGAUAAGCCAACGAGUGAAUACAGAUCAGUCAUCUAUUAUCAAGUCAAACAACCCCGCUGGAUGGAGACAUUCAAGGUGGCCGUCCCUCUGGAGGAAAUGCACAGAAUCCAUCUUCGCUUCAUGUUCAGACACCGCUCCUCUCAAGAGUCCAAGGACAAGAGUGAAAAAAAGUUUGCCAUGGCCUUUGUUCGCCUGAUGAAGACUGACGGGACGGUUCUACAGGAUGGACUCCAUGACCUUGUGGUCUUCAAGGGUGACAGCAAGCGCAUGGAGGAUGUGAACUGCUACUUGUCCUUGCCCUCCACCCGCCACCACUAUGGAGACCUCCACAAGGGGGCUGCACUGAGCCGCAGCACCAGCAAUGUGAGUGGGGUCAGUGGGGGCCUGUCUGUCAGCUCGAGAGACGGCUUCACCAUUUCCACCCUGGUCUGCUCCACCAAGCUUACUCAGAAUGUGGGUCUGCUGGGGCUUCUUAAAUGGAGGACUCAGCCUGAACUCCUGCGAGAAAACCUGGAAAAACUGAAACUCAUCGAUGGAGAGGAGGUAGUCAAGUUCCUGCAGGACACCUUGGAUGCUUUGUUCAACAUCAUGAUGGAGCACUCUCAGACCGAUGACUACGACAUUCUCGUGUUUGACGCCUUGAUCUAUAUAAUCAGUCUGAUCGCAGACAGAAAAUUUCAGCAUUUUAACACUGUGUUGGAGGCCUACAUCAAGCAGCAUUUCAGCGCCACAUUAGCCUACAAGAAGUUGAUGUCUGUGCUGAAGAGGUACCUGGACAUCUCCAGUCGAGGGGAGCACUGUGAGGCCAUUCUGCGAACUCUCAAAGCUCUGGAGUACAUCUUCAAGUUCAUCGUUCGUUCCCGCAUGCUCUACUCCCAGCUCUACGUGGGCAAUGAGCAGGCAGAGUUUGAAGAGUCGCUGAGGAAGCUUUUCGAGUCAAUCAACAACCUGAUGGGGACAGACUACACCACCACUCUGCUGCUGCGGGUUGCAGCCCUGAAGUACCUGCCAGCAGUACUACAUGAUGUUGAGAAAGUAUUUGAUGUCAAAUUACUAAGUCAGUUGCUGCAUGACUUUUAUGCCUGCAUCCCGCCCGAGAAACUCCAAAAACAGAAAGUGGCUUCUAUGACUGAAAUUGUCAGCAGUCAUCUUUUCCAGCAACCAGAAUGUCGAGACAUCUUGUUGCCAAUGAUGCUGCGUGAGCUGAGCAGAGCUUUGGUCACCAUGGCGGACGGGCCUCAUGAUGAGAGGAGAAAAAGUCUAGAGUUGCUCAACAACAUUCUGGAGGUCCUGAGCAAAGACAAUGUGGGGGAAACAUUUCAGCACGUCCAAGACAUUGUGGUUUCUUUGCUGGGAAUUAUCAACCAGACAGUCAUCACAAUGGGCAGAGAACACGCGCUAAUUUCCCGGGUGGUGGCCUGCAUGACAGCUAUCCUAAGUCAAAUGAAUGACCGUCAUUACUCUACAUACAUAGAAACCUUCACUAAGACAUCAGAUCUAGUGGACUUUCUGAUGGAGUCUUUCUUACUUUUUAAAGACCUGAUCGGCAAGCAUGUGUACCCCUCUGACUGGAUGGCCAUGAUCAUGGUUCAGAACAGGGUGUUCCUGAGGGCCAUCAAUACUUAUGCUGACACAAUGAACAAAAUGUUUCUCAGCAAUGAUGAUUUUGAAGUACAGUUGUGGAAUAACUACUUCCACCUGGCUGUUGCAUUCAUUACUCAGGAAUCUCUGCAGCUACAACAUUUCUCGCCAACAAAGAGGAACAAGAUUCUCGCCAAAUAUGGAGACAUGAGACGACUCAUUGGCUUUGCGAUUCGAGACAUUUGGUUCAAAUUGGGCACCCAUAAGAUCUGUUUCAUCCCUGGCAUGGUGGGUCCUAUCCUCGAGAUGACUUUGAUCCCAGAGGAGGAGUUGAGGAGGGCGACCAUUCCUAUUUUCUUUGACAUGAUCACGUGUGAAUAUGCACACUGUGGGAAUUUCAACAAGUUUGAGAACGAGAUCAUUCUAAAGUUGGACCACGAGGUGGAGGGUGGAGGCGGAGAUGAGCGAUACAUGCAACUACUGGAAACCAUACUGUUGGACUGUUCUGCAGCAAACACCACUUUGAGGCCUCAAGUGCAGCAUUUUGUCGCCUUGGUGAAAGGACUCCUCAUCCGUCUGCUGGACUACCGCACCGUGAUGAGGGAUGACAGCCGCAACAAUCGCAUGAGCUGCACGGUCAAUCUCCUCAACUUUUACAAGGACAUCAAUCGUGAAGGAAUGUAUAUCAGGUAUCUUUACAAGCUGCGAGACCUUCACCUGGAGGGUGAAAACUACACUGAGGCGGCUUACACAUUGCUGCUGCAUUCACGCCUCCUCAAGUGGUCAGAUGAUUUGUGUAGCCACUUUGAGUUCCGUGGCUCUCAAACCCAGCGACAGCUCAAAGAAACGCUCUCGGACACCAUCAUCGACUAUUUUGACAUGGGCAAGAUGUGGGAAGAGGCCAUCACUCUGUGCAAGGAACUUGCUGAUCAGUACGAGAACGAGAUCUUUGACUACGAGCUACUCGGCAAGAGACUGGAGAAACAAGCAAAGUUCUAUGAGAACAUCAUGAAGAUUCUGAGGCCCAAACCAGACUACUUUGCAGUGGGCUACUAUGGGCAGGGAUACCCUCCAUUCCUCAGGAACAAGGUGUUCAUUCACCGAGGUAAGGAGUAUGAGCGCAGAGAGGACUUCCAAAACCAACUGAUGAGCCAAUUCCCCAGUGCCGUGCGCCUCAAUACCACCACCAUGCCUGGGGACGACAUCCGCAACUCUUCUCUCCAGUAUAUCCAGUGUUUCACUGUCCAGCCUGUCCUUGAAAUCCCUCCUCGUCUGAAGAAUAAACCAGUCCCGGACCAGAUCAUCAACUUCUACAAGUCCAACUACGUGCAACGUUUUCAUUAUUCCAGACCUGUGAGGAAAGGACCAGUGGACCCAAACAAUGAGUUUGCUUCUAUGUGGAUCGAGCGUACGACCUUUACCACUGUGUACAAGUUGCCCGGUAUCCUGUGUUGGUUCGAGGCUACUGACAUGAAACAUACAACCUUGUCUCCUUUGGAGAAUGCCAUUGAAACCAUGGAGUCCACCAAUGAGAAAAUUCUGGCUCUGAUCAACCAGUACCAGGCAGACUGGAGCCUUCCCAUCAACCCUCUCUCAAUGCUUCUCAAUGGUAUCGUGGACCCAGCAGUCAUGGGUGGCUUUGCCAAAUAUGAAAAGGCUUUCUUUACAGACGAGUACAAUCAGCAGCACCCAGAUGAUGAAGAGAAAUUACUGCGUCUUAAGGACCUCAUUGCAUGGCAGAUUCCGUUGCUGGGUGGAGGCAUUGCUCUCCACGGGAAGAGAGUCACAGAUGACUUGCGUCCCUUUCACGAGCGCAUGGAAGAAUGUUUCAAACAGCUGAAAAAGAAAGUGGAGAAGGAGUAUGGCGUGAGAGAGUUGUUGGACUUGGAUGACAGAAAGUCUACUCGACCUUGCUCCAUGCUGCGAUCUGUUCGUCAUUCCAUAAUCUCCAUUUCCUCACUGCAAGGCUCUGAAUGUGCAACACCAACCAAACUCACUGUCGACAGGGACUUCCCCCCUGAGCCAUUCUUGAGCAGCACACUGCCUCGCUCCAGCGGCAGCCUCAGCACCAGCGGGCAAGAUGGCGAUCUUGUGACCGUGGGUGACUCUGAGGUGAAACUGAGAAAGUCUAAGAAGAAGAGGAAGAGGAGUAGCAUGAUCUUCAUCACGGAGGAGAAAGAGCAAACAAACACUCUGGACUGCAAACGGCUGUCCAAGAAGCAGGAGUUCCAUAGUGACACCAACUUGUCAGAGCCGAAUAAUGGGAACGUAUCUCUGAGCGGCACCAAUUCCAGGUCCCUGCCUACCAUUACAGGAUUAUCACUGGCGGUGGUGGGUGGGUCCGAAGAGGUGGAGACCACGCGAGCCAGGAGAGACAGCAAGUCCAUGUCCCUCUGCAUCCCCUCGGACCGAACAGCAGACAGACGCUCCAAAGGCGUCAUCGGCCUCUUCUUCAAGUCCAAGAGCUCAAAGACAGAAGAUGUAAUGAACAGUGAUGCAGGCAAAGACAGUGACAAUCAUUUCUGACAUCCGUUAGGUAUUUCAGCUUCUGAAUGUUUAGCCUCAAAUUCUGCUUUUACACACUCACUGAAUGUCCUUUUACUUUAGUGAUGUCACCUCAAAGUAACAUCGAUUGCUAUGUUUGAAAGAUGACCUUUUGUCAGUAAGCUUAAUGAUCGCUUGUAACGCUGAAUGCCAUCUUAGAACUCUUUAGUCAAGUUGGCUUGAAAUCACCACACUGCUGUGCUUGAUUAAAAAAGACAGAAAAAGCAAAACUAUUGUACAGCUUUCAACAUUGUUGUGGAAAUAAUGAUUUGACACAUUCAGAAAGGUUGCCAUGUCUUUCUAAAGAUACUCUGAGUAAAACAUUUCAAUUAGAGUUCUGUGUUGAAAUGUGACCCUAUGCAGUGGCUAAUUGUUAUUCUCCAGAGAGACAAACAUUUUGUAUUUUUUGUUUUUCAAACACAGGUUGAAAAGGGCUAUUUUGUUGCUUUAUAAAAGUUAUUAUUACCAUU